AUGACAUCUCUGGAGUUUGCUUUAUUUCUGGGUUGUCUUUGCUCGUGGAGAGCAGCUCUGACAACUUCUCCUAAAUUGUCCUUGUCCUUGCAUCAAGAGAGUGGUUUUGUAUCAGCAGACGUUGGCAGCAGUGUGACAUUACGAUGUUUCUAUGAAGGUGAAGUUGCAGCAAUGUUUUACUGGUAUAAGCAAACUCUGGGGCAGAAACCGAGACUCAUCUCUACCUUCUAUAGAUAUGAUAAAAAUGGCACUUUUAGUGAUGAAUUUAAAAACGACCCACGCUUUACAUUGGAAACUAAUAAUGGUAAAAAUCAUUUGACGAUCUUGAACUUGCAGAUUUCAGACUCAGCUACUUACUACUGCAUGAGUUGCUAUGCAUACAAGUUUCAAUUUGCAGAGGGCAUUACUGUUGAUGUUAAGGGUUCAGGUUUGAGCGUCCCAGCUUUGGUCCAUCAGUCAGCGUCUGAGACCAUCCAGCCAGGAGGCUCUGUGACUCUGAACUGUACAGUACACACUGGGAGCUGUGAUGAUGGAGAACACAGUGUUUAUUGGUUCAAAAACUCUCAAGAGUCUCAUCCAGGACUCAUUUACAGCCAUGGAGGCAGGAAUGAUCAGUGUGAGAGGAAACCUGACACACAAACACACACCUGUGUCUACAACCUGCCGAUGAAGAGCCUGAAUCUUUCUCAUGCUUGGACCUACUACUGUGCUGUUGCCUCAUGUGGACACAUACUGUUUGGAGAUGGGACCAAGCUGGACCUUGAGGAUGAGACUGACUCUCCCGACUCUCUUGUGUAUUUCUUGAGUGGAGUUUUGGCAUUCACCAUCAUCCUGGUUGUUUUACUGGCUUUCUUAGUGUGCAUGAUGUACAAGAGAAACUGCUGCCAAUGUAGAGAGUCUGAAAGAGUUUCAGCUUCCACAGCCACAAACGCAGAGGGUUAUCAAGAUGCAGACAACCUCCAUUACGCUGCUAUACAGGAACACAGGGCUAACAGAUCGAGGAAACAGAGAGACGACACCAUGUCUGAAUGUGUGUACUCAAGUGUGAAGCAGUAGAACUGGACAUUUUUCAUAUUUAUGUUGUGUUUUUAUUCCUCCACGCCAGCGAUAGCUGCGGCCAGAGGCAUCAUGUUUGUUUGGCAUGAUGUUAGACUGUUUGUCGACGGACAAACAGUCUCUGUCCCAUCCUUGUGAACACGAUAUUUCAAAAACAGCCUGAGGGAAUUGAGAGACCACUUGGACUCAAAUAUGAACUGAUUAGGUUUUGGUGGUCAUAGGUUAAAGAUCAAGGUCACUGUGACCUUGUCUGCCUCAUUCUCAUGAACGGAAUA